GCUUAUCACACAGCCUUACCUCUGCUCCAGAUCAGCGCGAGGAGACUCUUCACAGUUUGAAUAUGUCACUUACUUCCAUCCUCUCAGCUGAAGCCAUUGAAAAUGCUGUCAAAGACUGCCAAGCUCCGGACUCCUUUUGUUACAAAAAGUUCUUCCAGCUUUGUGGCCUGAGCCAGAAAACUCCUCAGGAGGUGAAGGAUGUCUUCCGUAUCAUAGAUGAGGAUAACAGUGGAUUUAUCGAGGAGGCUGAGCUCAAGUUCUUUCUCCAGCGGUUUUUCCCGGGGGCACGAACCCUGACAGAAAAGGAGAUUAAGAGCCUCCUCACAGCUGCAGAUGAUGAUAGUGAUGGCCGAAUUGGAGUAGAUGAGUUCCAGACUAUGGUUUCAUCCUGAAAGAUUCCUCAAGCCCUCGGCUAUAUGCACCGCAGCCUCUUCUGUCAUUUUGCUUUUUACACCUGAUUUCUUUUCAAAAUAAGAAUCAGCACAUGAAGUAAACAAAUGACUUUUGAAUACAUGUGUCUGUUCGUUGUUCCACAUUCACCUCAAAUGACCAAUGAUAAAACUGUUCAGGGAAAAUAAAAUAAAGACACUAAACUGUU